AUGAGCAUGGCCUGGUUUGUCACGUCAAGACCCAAGCCGCUGGGCAUCACGUCAACUCCAUCACGCUCUUUUCAGUCUCGUUACAUCUUCGUCGCUAUGAGGCUUACCACUUCCUUCGCCGCGCUUUACAGCGUCGUGGUCAUCGCGCUUUGCCUUGGUCAGGCGCACGCUGACUCUGUCACCACACCCCUGGCCCUGACCCACGUCGACGACAAGGGUAAGCCUGUCACCCCUCUCACCUACCUCAACCUCGAGCCGUCUGCCAAAGAGCUCGCAGACGCCGCCAAGAAGAUCACGACGCCUCCGCCCCUGCCAGCUGAACACAAGCGUCUGCUGCCGUCCGAUCAGUUGCAGCCUUUCGUCGGACAGAUCUCCAGCCAGGGUCUCGCGAUCAAGAGGGAGCUCGGUCACAGUCUCGUUCCUUCGCUUCCCAUCUUGGGCGCUCUCGACAACGAGGGCGACCACACCAACCAGGCUCCGCCCGCCAAAGCCGCCGGAGAGAAGCGUCUCCUCGACGCUCUCAAGGCUCUCCAGCCCGGCGAGGGAACCGAAUACCUGCCCGAGAACCACCAGACGCUCGGUCAGCGUACCGUGCACCCGCUGAACCGACGUGCGGAAGAAGACCCGCUCGACGUCAACAUCUUCGGCCAAAACCUUCACAACCUUGCGCUUCCCAAGCUUUCUCCCAGCAAGCGAAGCAAGAGCAUCGGUCUCAACGUCCUGGGCGAAGAUGUGCCUCUCGACAGGCUUUCCUUGCCGGGUUUGGGCAGCCGUGAUGUACAGCCCCUCGAUCUUGGUCUCAAGACGGGAAACCAGCAGGAUCUCGACUCUGCCGAAGGGCUUUUCAAGGGUGUCCUUCCCUUCAAGCGACACGAUGCUUCUGCUCAACCUCUCGAUCUCGGUCUGAAGACUGGGAACAAGGAGGAUCUUCAACGAGCGGACAGCUUCCUCACUGGGCUGCUCGGAGGUUCUGCCGCCAAACGCGACUCGAUCUCGCCCGACGGAAUCGACCUGGGCAGCUUUAAAAGUCUGGGUGACAAGUUCGCCAAACAAGCUCAAAAGGACGCGCUUCCACUCCUCUUCGCGCCCGUCAAGCAGGCUGCUAGCCCGGCCGUCCAAGGCAUAUCCACCGUCAACCAGGUCUGCACCGCAUUCGAUUGCGCAGGUCUCGUCAAAGGCACCCUUGAGAGCACCACCAAGGAACUCGGUCUUCCUGCCUUCAAACCUAUCCAACUUCCCUCCCGCCGACGCGCUUUGGGCGACAAGGACCUCUUCGCCAACGGACUGUUGAACAACGGAGGUGAGGUUGAGGGAAUCCCCAUCAAACGCGCUAUUCCCGGUGAAGACGUUGCGACCAAGAAGGUUCUCGGCCUAAGCGAUGAAGCUCAAGAUGCAGUGCUGGGUGUCAAGGAUGCGGUGAACGAUGUAGCGUUGGGUGAAAAGGACAAGGUGAACAAUGUAGCUGGAGAGUUUGUCAAGCACCUGUACUCAAAACAGGCAAAGGUGGAGACGAAGAGGGACCUGACACUGCCUCCGUUCAGCUUGCUGCCCGGAACAGGACCGCAGGCCAAGGAGGCGGUCAAGGAGACGAUCGACUUUUUGGGUCUGCCAAUCCCUGGUGUGAAGAGGAUGCACAGGGUUCGUCGUAAGCAACAGUAG